AUGGGUUCGUGUAAAGUAGACAUUUUUGUAGCCCAAGACUUGAACUUUACGUUUGGAAACCUCCUCCCGUUGAAUGAAACACUCAAAGACAGAGCCUUUGAGUCUGGAGGAGGAAGCAUUAGCUUCAGUCACUUCAGUAAAACAGGGGUGAUGGAACUAAAGCUGGAAGUGCAACAGUUCCUUUUAAAGGCAUACAUUUGA